UACACUUUCCCAAUCGCCACCGCUACGUAUCGAGAGCGCGUUCCUACAUCCGUUGAAUGCGACGAUUCUAUCGACAUCAAUGAUUCUGUGUUAGGAAGGUUUUUCCCAUAAAUAGAAAAUUUUUAAAUUUUAAUAGUUUUCCUGGUAUCGAACAUGCCAUGUUAGGACAUUACUUUGGAACAAUGACUUUGAUCAGUCUAUUUGGCAUGACAAUGGCAAGUCAACAAACUUGUAUUAAUUCAAGACAAAACUUUUCAGAUGAAGUUUCGAUAUUCUUUAAGUGUUCUAUAGAUUACUCUAGACCUAUAACAUUUUGCAAACAUUGUAUUGAUCACUACAUAAAUAUUCUAACAGCUUACAAUAAUUUGUCACAGACUAUCGAAAACGGCAGUCACUGCAUCGAUUACUUUAUAAACUUAGACCGUCUUCAGAUAGUGCAAACAUUAUAUCACAAUGCCCUAGACCUCUGGAGUGAUGCCAAAUGUUAUAAGUGUUAUAAAACCAUAAAUGGCAGUCAAACAAACAAUACAUCUGAUGAGUCUUUACUUUUUACUCAAUAUUACCAAUACUACAAUACUUGCGUGACAAACACAACUUCUGAAAAUUUGUGUAUAGAUUGCAUGAACUCUUAUGUUAACCUUCAAAAUUACUUCUUUGCAAUUAGUAACGAAAAUGAAAAAAUUGGAGUUUGUAUGGAUAUUGAAGAUUUGAUGAAUGAAACAUGGACAUUUUGGGGCAGCAAUUGUUGCAAAUUUAGGAAGCAUAAUGAGUACAUAUUUGUCAUUUCCUGUGUGAUUAUGUUUCUGCUCACCAUUUCAUUUUAUGUGUUUGUCCCGUAUUAUGCCGAAAUCAAAUCUGCUACAAUAAUAAGACAGACCAGAAUGUCAGGAUCUUUAAAGAUUUCAAAUUCCACACAGUAGGAACAAAUUAACUUUUGUAAUUUUUUGUUAAAUAAAACUAAACUCCUUGGGUUGAAUCUAUUUAAUCUAUUUU